CCCACAGCAGGUAGCUGCAAAAGGCGUGGUGGCUGCGACGCUGGAGUGAGACAGUUGCCAACAGCUGGUGCAGCUGCCGCGCUGCGCAGCGGGUCUGGCGAGUACGCAGCCCAGGUACUGCCCCUUCCCGGUGACGUCUCUGCAGCGGGUUAUAAAAAACCUCGCUCUCAGCCUGCCGAGGUUCAGCUAACUCACAAGCCGUAGAGGACCCGAGCCAAGGGGCGGCUGCGAAGCUGCAAGCAGUGGCGGCGGCGGCGGUGGCAGCAGCCCCGGCGGCGGCGGCGAAAGCAAAGGAAAAAUUUCCAGCUGGACACGGGUCCCCAGAAUCUCGGCCUUAGACUCUGAACUUUUGCAGGUCGCGUUGUGACGAGCACCCCCUUGGCUCCCAAGUCCUCACGCAACACAGAGCUUUGCCUUCCCAGCUGCGGGCAGGUGGGAUUGGAGUUACAAACAGCAGCAGGUGUAGAAAGGCAAGGGUCUCCUGCUUCCUGGAACCGUGACCCUCGCGAUUUCUUUCCCGUUUUCAGUCCAACGCAGGAGAGACGCUGUCUCCAGAUUUCUGGACUCAAAUGCUUCCUGAAGCUUGAAAGUGGGGGAAUUCAGAGCCAAGAGGGGCAGACAGCGCAUCAGAAGCAUUCAUCUUCCUAGCGCCAAGUCUCCUACUUGCAAGCAAAGAGUUCUGCCCAAACGAGCUUGCAGCCCUCCUGUCUUGGUUAAGCAAGACCCUGAUCCCAGGUACUGGCCUCGGGACCCUGCUGCAACGUAGGUGCGUGUACCGAGGGGACAGCUUAACCGCUUAGCUGAGGAAUGGAUAACGUCCUCCCAGUUGACUCAGACCUCUUCCCAAACAUCUCCACCAAUACCUCGGAGCCAAACCAGUUUGUGCAGCCAGCCUGGCAAAUUGUCCUUUGGGCAGCUGCCUACACAGUCAUCGUGGUGACCUCUGUGGUGGGCAACGUGGUGGUAAUGUGGAUCAUCUUGGCCCACAAGAGAAUGAGGACAGUCACCAACUAUUUCCUGGUGAACUUGGCCUUCGCGGAGGCCUCCAUGGCUGCAUUCAACACGGUGGUAAACUUCACCUAUGCUGUCCACAAUGAGUGGUACUAUGGCCUGUUCUACUGCAAGUUCCACAACUUCUUCCCCAUCGCUGCGGUCUUUGCCAGUAUCUACUCCAUGACGGCUGUCGCCUUGGAUAGGUACAUGGCCAUCAUCCAUCCCCUCCAGCCCCGGCUGUCAGCCACAGCCACCAAGGUCGUCAUCUGUGUCAUCUGGGUCCUGGCUCUCCUGCUGUCCUUCCCCCAGGGCUACUACUCAACCACGGAGACCAUGCCCAACAGGGUGGUAUGCAUGAUCAAAUGGCCGGAACAUCCCUACAAAAUUUAUGAGAAAGUGUACCACAUUUGCGUGACUGUGCUGAUCUACUUUCUCCCCCUGCUGGUGAUUGGCUAUGCGUACACCGUGGUGGGAAUCACGCUGUGGGCCAGCGAGAUCCCUGGGGACUCCUCUGAUCGUUACCAUGAGCAAGUCUCUGCCAAGCGCAAGGUGGUCAAGAUGAUGAUCGUUGUGGUGUGCACUUUUGCCAUCUGCUGGCUGCCCUUCCACAUCUUCUUCCUUCUGCCCUACAUCAACCCGGAUCUCUACCUGGAGAAGUUCAUUCAGCAGGUCUACCUGGCCAUCAUGUGGCUGGCCAUGAGCUCCACCAUGUAUAACCCUAUCAUCUACUGCUGCCUCAAUGACAGGUUCCGGCUGGGCUUCAAGCACGCCUUCCGGUGCUGCCCUUUCAUCAGUGCCGGCGACUACGAGGGGCUCGAAAUGAAAUCUACCCGGUACCUCCAGACCCAGGGCAGUGUGUAUAAGGUCAGCCGCCUGGAGACCACUGUCUCCACAGUGUUGGGGAACCAGGAGGAGGAGCUGGAGGACGGCCCCAAGGCCACGCCCUCAUCCCUGGACCUGACCUCCAAUGGUUCCUCUCGCAGCAACUCCAAGACCAUGACAGAGAGCUUCAGCUUCUACUCCAACAUGCUCUCCUAGACCCCGGGGCCUUCAGCAAGGGCAGCCACCAUCAUUUUUGUCUUGCUUCACUUCAUGCAUUCCUUGAUCUGGAAACCAUCAGAAACAUCCUAACACCAAGGCUGGUGAAAAGGGUCAGAAUGGUUUAGGAAAAACAUUCCAUCCCAGAGUCAAAAAAUCUGGAUUCUUCCAUGUUUUUGCCACCCCCACGUUGUGUGACCCAAGGCAAAUCAUCAAACUUCCCCAAUCCUAUAAAAUGGGAAAGUUGGACUCAAUUUUCUCUCUUUAUAAUCCAUGCCAUGAUUCUAGAAUGAACUUUGGUUGCAUUGAGCACUCAUUUCAGGAAGAACCCUGCAAUACAACAACAGAUCCAGCUGAUCUGUUUGCCUGGAGCCUCUGUCUUACUUCACUAAAGUCAUUCUCAGUCAUGCCCAAAUUCCCCUCCUUUUGCUUGUGGACACCUUCCCUUGAUGGGGUGAACAAAAGAAGGAACCACAUAAAAUCUGAAUGAAAGAUUUAACCCCGUCUUCCAAGUGCCCAUGAGAAGAGAAAGUCGGCCCCUUUUUGGCAUCUCAAUACUUUAGGGCAUUUAGACAUCAUGGGAUUGAGAGCCACAGAUUCAUGUGUCACAUCCCCAGUGACUACCCUGAGCAACGGAGGCAGGAAGAAUCUGUGGACUGAUACCAGCUAACGUCGGCCAUGGACCACGAGUCAGGAGAGCUGCACCAUACUUAAUCUGCCUGAGCCUCUUUCCUCAUUUGUAAAACUGUGGGGCUGAACUGGAGCACCUAAGUGUCCCUUCCAAUUUUGACAUUCAAUGGCUUGAUGAUUGUAUGAGUUUUUUGUUUGUUUCACCAACAUAUGGUGGUCUCAGAAAGAACAGGAGCAGAGAGUCUAGUGACUUGCUACCCAGUUCCUGGGGAAGUAGCAACUGCUAAGACCAGGCGUCAAUACCCCUAUCAGACAUUCUCUGAUUUAUCCUAAAAUGUGAGUACUGUUUUUCUCCUGGAACGUUUUGGCCUUUGACAGAGUUGAAGACUUGGUGUCAAAGCCUGCAUCUCUCCAUCAGGCUUUAGCAGGCCAAGCCUGCAGCUGGAAAUGCCGUCAGGAAAACUUGUGGGCUCCCUGCUCUGGCCUUUAGGUAUCUUAGGACAGGGGCACUAACCCAGAGUCAUAGUGUUGCACUAGCGUCAGGCAUGGGCUCAGAUGCCCAGUGAGUGAAGGGGCUUCCCCCUGCAGCAGCACCUCUGGGAAGAGGCUACCUGGCACCUUCGCUUCAGACUCUCUGCAUCUCCCCUUCCUGCCCCCAUGGCUUUGCUGGCCUCCUGUCUGUAACAGGUGGGACAACACACCAACCCUAUAGAACAGUCUGUCUGCUGAGAGCCAUGAACUUAAUACUUCAUGUCCCAGUACAGCUUUGGGGUUUCCAGCAGGUGAGCAUGCAGUUUCUCUUCGUCUCCCAGAUGUGCUUCAGCCAGAUGUGGCUGAAAGCGAAAGCUUCUUGUAACAUCCAUGAAUGUCCUCCACGUGGUUUGAAGAAUGGCUGCACAUCACUGCAUCCAUGUGUGGAGGGAGAGCAUUGCUGUCCAUGGGGUUUACAGCCUUUACCAGCCCAGCUGGCUCUAACCCUAUGAAGUCAUGAGCUGGCCUAGUGGGAGUUGUAUAGCAACAGUAUAAGCCAGGAGGACCCAAGAACCAUACUCUGCAAAGCCUCCUGGGAAGGAUUAAAUAAAUUAAGUAAAGCCAGCUCAAUGCAGCUAUAUGCAUGGAAGACAUAAUUUAGGGGCAACAAAAGUCAGUGCCGAAAGCAUUAGUCAUACUUCCAAUGAGGAAUCAUGCUGUGUAUGGAUGAUUCACUUCAGAGGAAAGAACUAGCAUGAUUAUGACAAGUACCUAAAAAGAAAGUGUCAAGGACUUGGGGAUAGCCUCUCUAUGGCAGAGGUUACAGUUGAAUUCAACAAGGAUUACUGACCACCUGCUCUGGACGUGGCCCUAGCUGCGGACACACAGUUCUUUCCUCCCUUGAGGAGCCUGCUGGACUGGCCCUUGCUAACUCACCAGUCCUACUGGGACAAGGCCAGCCAGCAGGCAUGGGGGCAGCAGAAAAGCACAUUCUCCCCAAGAUUCUAAAGGCCCACACUCAACACGGGUAAUCAAGCCAAGAGCUGAGACCUGCAGAGAGGCUUUUGCAGUGAGAGUUCUCUGAGAUCAUUCCAAAGGGAGCCACCAGUCAGUCCAGGGGACCUAGUGGGAUGUGACUGGUCGGCAUUUUCACUGCGGAUAGUUAGAUGGAGUGUGGGAAGGCACUGAGCAGUUUCAAACAUGGCAAAACGUCCCCUCUGAGCAAGCCCAGCAAGCCCUCCUCUGAUCCACUCUCCAACACCCACUUAACUUACAAAAAUGUCAUCAGCUCCCAUGUGUGAGAAACGCCAUGAUUUGCACUAUGCAUGGGUCUCAUUCCUACAGAAGUGUAUCACCUUGUGUUUAUCUCCUAAGCAGUUUUCCGUGGUGUACUGUUCAGUAGUAAUAGGAUAUAAGACAUCAUGGGGCCAGUCUUUGUCAUGUUACUUCCAAAACAUGGGAUCCAGCUGCUGUCAGUGUGUUCUCUGUAUUGUGCCAAUCUCUCCUCCUUCUCACUGUUUCACAAAGAGGAGCGGAUGUAUAUUGUGGACUCACAGUGGGACCAUAGUAAGUGAGGGGUGUGGAGGAACAAAAGGGUAGGAGUCCUGGCCCUCCGCCCCCCACACCAGAAUGCUAAGAUGUGUUGGAAUGUCCUUUUCCCUUGGAAGGACCGAGGAGACUCCUAGGAAAAGGGGAGACGACAUCAUUGACCUGGCUCUCAGGAAGAAUCCUGUAAGUGGAGUCAGGUCAUUCCUGAGGUUUCUGUUUUCUAGCCUGGGAUCCUGGAAAGA